CGGGUGCAGUAGGGAGCUGGCCGGAGCAGGAGGUAGUCGCUGGUGGUGUUUCUCAGGACUGUACCAGCGGACGUAGUUAAGGAGCUCGCUGGCUGACACUGUCUUGGGGGGCUCGCUGCAGGAAUCUUUUUAGGGUCGACCUCUGGAUACUUAAGGACAUGUUCUCAGUCCCUAAAGUGUCCAAGAAGAGUCUGAGGUCUGUCUUUAAGACCCCAAACUCAGGGAAAUCGUUAGGUCCUCUGAGGUCUUACUGAACAAGGUGUUGGUAGCGAGGUUGUCUCCUGUAUGAAGGAUGGACCUGAUCUGGUGUACGCUAGGACCAGCUACCGGGCCAGCUGGCAGCGGCAGGAUGGAGGCCGAGCGGUUCCUUCUCAAGUGGAACAACCACCAGAGUAACUUGGUCACGGUGUUCGACCAGCUGUACGAGCAGGAGGCCUUCACCGACGUCACCCUCGCCUGUGACGGCCGCACCUUCGCCGCCCACAAGGUGAUCCUGUCAGCGUGCAGCCCCUACUUCCAGGCGCUCUUCCUCGGCAACCCUUGUAAACAUCCCAUCAUCUUCAUGAGGGACGUGCGUGCCGGGGACCUGGAGGCGCUGCUCUCCUUCAUGUACCGGGGGGAGAUCAACGUCCACCAGCACGACCUCUCCUCCUUCCUCAAGACGGCAGAGUGUCUCCAGAUCAAGGGGCUGUCUGACUCGUCGGAGAGACACAAGGAGUCCUCCAAGAUCCUGGAGGCCAUGGAACGAAAGUUUUGUACUCCUACCAUGCAGCACCAACAGAAGCAGUUGCCCCCACUGCCCCUAACCAACGCCACCACCACGCCCACCAUAGUGCCGCCCACACUCACCAGCAGCACAGAGUCCCCCACGCCCCCAGCCAAGAAGUUCAAAUCCCUGGAUGACCUCCCGAGGAUCCUGCCUAAGAUGAAGCCCCUGCCCACGCCCCCAGGCCUGGUGACGCCUGUACCAGGACUCCUCACGCCCAUCACCCUCGCCGCCACCGUCAUGAAGAACGUCGCCCAUGCCGCCCACGUUGCUCAGAACGCCCACAUCAGUCCGCCCACGCCAGAGACCACCAAUUCCUCACCCACCACUGACACCUCAACACCGCCCAAAGAGAGAAAGAAGGAGGGUUACAUCAGCGGAGACUCGCCACACCCGGUGUACUUAGUGUCCAGCGUCGGGGGCGUGGCAGCCACCGUCACCUCGGGCAACUCGACCCCCUCACACGACGUCAAGGUGGAAGAGGAGGACCCACUGGACGACAAUAACUCCUUCAGUGACGACCCAACCUCAGGCGCUGGCGAGAACGACGAGGGAUCCAUGGAUAUACAUGGCAGAGAUGCUGAGGCAGAAGGUAGUGGUGUCAACCCCUCACUCUACGCCAACAAGACUUAUAUCAAGACAGAACCCAUGAUCCCACUAACCCCUGAACCCACCAUGUCCUUCCCUGGUCAAGGCUCUGAACCCACCAUGUCCUUCCCUGGUCAUGGCUCUGAACCCACCAUGUCCUUCCCUGAUCAUGGCUCUGAACCCACCAUGUCCUUCCCUGGUCAUGGCUCUGAACCCACCAUGUCCUUCCCUGGAGGAUCAAGUCUGGACCAUAUGUCUCCAGGGAGAUUUCAGUGCAGUACCCUGUUCUCAAGAGCUCAUCUCGAUUGCAUAUUAGACAGCUCUAGUACUGGUUCCUUAUCACCUAGCAACUCAAACAUUGAUCCCUCAGGUUCAGCAAGGUCUAAUAUCGACCCCUCAGGCUCAGGAAGUUCUUCAAAAUAUAUCCACAUAGACUCCCUGUCUUCGAGAAACCCAGAAAUUGAUCCCUUGCACUUCAAAAGGUUUUGUUCUGACAAUUUAUCUUCAAGGGACUCAAAACUUUGCUCUUUACCUUCAAGAAGCUCUCGCACUGAAGCUUUGCUCUUGAGUCCAGCCAAAAAGACUAAGAGAGGAUCAGAGACAGAAGUAAGAGACCUAAGUAGUCCACUGUGCCAGGUGGACCAACAGCAGCAGGAUGUUUCCAUAGAGGACACUUUACCAGAAGACAAUUGGCCAUGUCCUACAUUUUCUCCUGAGGUGUUGAGGACUCUGCCUUUCAGUGAACCUGCCUGGUUAGCUCUUGAGAACAUUACAAAGCACAAUCAUGAUAUAUACAAGGAACCUCAGGCAAUUAAACAGUUGAUUCAGAAAUCAGCUCUCAGGGCCAUGUCGACCACACUUACAUGGCUCAGAGUCAUAAAGAAGACCCAGGAGUACAAAUGUGAAACAUGUAACAAAGUGUUCCCCAAGAACCGACGUCACAGGUAUUUAUCUCACGUUCGCAUUCACACUGGCGAGAAACCUUUCAAGUGUAUCAUAUGUGGCCGAGGUUUUAAUCGGCAGGAUCACGUCCAAGUGCACAUGAGACUCCACACUGGUGAGAAACCCUUCCACUGUUCCAUGUGUGGUGUUGCAUACACCCACAAGGUGUCUCUCAAGAACCACAAAUGUGAGGGUGUUAAUGCUUCUCCAUCACUAGGCACUACAUCAUCCUUGGAUAAGACAUUUAGUGCUUCUCCUCCAGAGUCUGCUGACACUUCAACUUCUCCUCCAGAGUCUGCUGACACUUCAACUUCUCCUCCAGAGUCUGCUGACACUUCAACUUCUCCUCCAGAGUCUGCUGACACUUCAACUUCUCCUCCAGAGUCUGCUGACACUUCAACUAUGCCAAAGUCUGCUGACACUUCAAUUUCUCAAAGUCUGCUGACACUUCUUCUCCAAAGUCUGCUGACACUUCAACUUCCAAGUCUGCUGACACUUCAACUUCUCCAAAGUCUGCUGACACUUCAACUUCUCCAAAGUCUGCUGACACUUCAACUUCUCCAAAGUCUGCUGACACUUCAACUUCUCCAAAGUCUGCUGACACUUCAACUUCUCCAAAGUCUGCUGACACUUCAACUUCUCCAAAGUCUGCUGACACUUCAAUUUCUCCAAAGUUUGCUGACACUGCUGAAAUCUCAGGGCCUCAAAAUAUUAAGGAAAACACUUCUACUCUUACUGAAAAUUUUUGCUCAAAAGAGAGUGUAGGAAAUGGUGGAGCAAUAAGUGAAGAU